ACACUACUAUUUAUAGUGUGAACAAAUCCCAGAUAUGUGCAGAAUCCCCUACUACCCUACAGCUUGCAGUGAGGGAAAGAAAGAGAGACAGAGGUGUUGAACAAAACCAGGACCGUGGACAACAGAAGUCAAGACUGCUUUAGUCUGAAAAGAGAGAGAGAAAGAGAGAGAGAGAUUGGCAUUUGUCCUGUCUGUCUCACAACAGGGAACAGCGGUUUACUGUUACGGCAGCAGAAACGCGGACACAACUGCACAGAAUGUCUAAACAGCCGUCGACCAAUGUCAAAGCCCUGCAGGCCAACCUUAAUAUUCCAAUGGGGGCUCUGCGUCCUGGGGCGGGACAUCCUGUGAAGAGGAGAGAAGAUACAGUAGACACAGAGGAGCCAUCCCCAGUCACUCCAGAGGAGAAAAAGCCCCUUCCCGGGCCUGUGAAACUACCGGGCCCCGCCGUGAACCUCUCCGAGAUCCAGAAUGUAAAAAGUGAACUCAAAUGGGUCACCAAAGACUAAACAACACAGGUGACUCCACCCCCAAUUGAUCCAAGGCUUUGAUUACGGUCUCCAUCCAAUCAGAUUCAUGUAUUUAACAAAACCCCCCAGAGAAUCGGUCGCAACGGAAUCAUUGGCAAGCCUUAAUGAUGACACUACCAACUGACCUGAGAAUGAAGAAAGGGGAUGGAUUCUAUCGAUGCAAAGACUGAUGGGAAUUGAGCAAUUCAAAGCUCUGAACCAUGUUUUUGUCUGUCAAAAAAUAGGUCAUCCACCCAGCAUCAUAUUCUGUAUUUUUUCGUUUAAAAAUGUUCUUUGUGUGUUAACUUAAAGGGAUAGUUUACUCAAAAUGAAAAUUCUGUCACUAUCCCUUUAAGUUUGAUUUUAUAGUAGUUCUGUAUUCUCUUACUACCAUAAAUGAGUCUAAAAAUAGAAUAUAUGAGACUGAAGGCAUUGAUUCAUCUUAAAGUUCCUCCAUUCUUCAGCCAGAUUCUUCAGUCUUAACUCGUUAAAAUGUGACACCAUAAAAUCAAUGUUCUUGAUACAUUUUACAUCUAGAGUGAUUAUUAUGCAAUGCAAAUAAUUGCGGCAAAUUUGAACUAAUCAGAAAGUCAUGCGUUUAAUUGAUUCAAUUUCCUCCGAUUGACAGCCGUAUUUAAAAUGGCCAAGCUGCUUGUUUCCGCUCCCUACUUUUUCUUUAUCUAUGGCUUUGUUCUUGUGUGUUGCAGUACAUGAGUAGGCUGUUGCAUAAUAAAACAUGAUUUCACGUUCUCUCCAAGAGCAAACCCGUAGGAGGAAGCCAGCACUUGUUAUCCUCGAACAAAUAGAACUGGAUUUCAAAUGCCGCACUAUCAGUUUGUUAUGUACAUAAACCGAGAUUAGUUUAACAAUGCGAAGAUGCUCAUCUUCUCGCUUGUAAAUCACAUCGCAUGUGUAUGUUCUGUUCUGUGAUCUACAGUGAUCUGCAAUCUGUAGUUUUAGCAGCAGGUGUCAUGACCUUUGGGUGAAAGUGUCCUUAUUAAAGAUCAUGUAGGCUAUCGCUCCUUGGAUCAGAGUAAGUCUGCAUUAGGAGCUAUUAGUCAAAAGCUGGGAAACGUGUACAAUGCAUAUUAAUUGUGUCUACACAUGUAUUUCUUUCAUUUGUAAGGCUCUAUUUUCUUGGGUUUGCUUUGAAACGAUGUGUAUUGUGAAAAGCACCAUACAAAUACAAAUGUCUGACUGGA